UGCUUGGCAACACACGUCAACAUCCGGUGUUUGGGGACAGUAGCGCAGAGACGCACAGAUGGCGGAGAGAAAUGCUCUGGAGAAGCUCGAUGUGGGCGCUUUAAGCCUCGAGCAGCAGGAGAAGCUGCACCAGUUCAAGGUCAAGACUCGAAUAGCUAAUGAAAAAUAUUUAAGAUCUCAUCCAGAGGUGGAAAUGUUACUCAGGGACUUCUUAAGAGACGUGUUUCUGAAAAGGCCUACAGACAUUCGUGAAUUUGCAGCAGAUCAUUUCAGUGACCCAGGACUGCCAAAGAAAAUUCAGGACCAAAUGAAUAUCCAUAAUAAGUGAAAAAUGUGUUUUUGAUUAUAGUGUUUUGAAAUAAAAGAGACAAAAAUGAUG